UCAGAUAUUCGCUUAGUUUGUCUUCAGACUCCGUGCCAUACGCACGCAUGGAGAUCCGGUGACGCCCGUGCAAGUGACUAUGAAAAUUAAUUGGAAUUAAUGGCAACAGUCCAGCAGUGUUAACAAAAGCAGUCUUACAACAAGGUGGCAGCUCUGAAGAAAUAAUUUCAGCUUUUGCAAGUACCACGGAUGUGUCUACACGGAGAUUCUGGCAGCUGAGGGCCCAGGUGGCCUGAUGGCGACAGCAGCGGGGCGAACACUACUGAGUAACGCGGUGCUACUAGUUAUGCUGGCUAGUGCACUUGCAGCGCGCUUUGGCGACCGACUCGAACCGCGGAUGCCUGCCGCAUACGCACCGCGGAAUGUACAAACCGCACACAACGUAGCAGAGACUGACUACGAAAAUGCGUCAUAUCACGAAUAUGACGAAGAAAAUGCCUCAAUCGAAGAAAACAAUACACAACCAGAAACAGAACCAUCACCCCGUCGACCCACCCGCACAGAAGCUCAUCGGCUUGAAAUGAGUACAGAAUAUUUCGUAAUCCCGAAACGCACAACUACGACAUCGACGAUUUCCACUUCGACGUCAUCGACUGAGCCGUCACCAUCUCAGUCACCAAACAACAAUACUAACACUCCUGCAACUAUUGCAAAAAUAGCGGGAGUGCUAAGAACGGAACCAUGGGCUGUCCCAAUUUUAGCAUUAGCUAGUGUGAUUAUGGUGAUUCUUGGUGCUUUCGAGGCAUUUGUAAUUUGGGGGGCCAGCCGAAAAGCUCCGAGUCAGCGUCAUUUACUUCUAGGACAAACAUUGCUUUUUGGGCUAUUCUUAUGUGCCGCCACGGCAGCACUAUUUGCCACAACACCAACUGCAUUUACCUGUGGCGCAGUUCGAUUCGGAACCGGCGUAGCCUAUGUAAUAGUGUUUGCAUCCCUUCUAGUGAAGUGCGUUUUCCUACUGAGUUUGAAUGGUGGAAUUUAUCUGCCGGCAGCGUAUCAAGGACUGCUUUUAUUUUUUGCUGUAAUGAUACAAGUAGCAAUUGGUGCUCAGUGGCUCGGUGGUUCUCCUCCGAGAGUCAUUAACGGAGGAGGUCGGUGUGAUUCUCAACUAUCAGAUCUUCUUAUGUCACUGUGUUACGCAGCUUUUUUAAUAGCUGUGGUGUGUGGUGUAGCAUUACGAUCUCGAGGAAUUCGUAAUAACUAUCGAGAAGCAACGCAUAUAACUGCUGCAGGGGGCGCUACCGCUGCAGUAUGGGUGUGUUGGAUAGGAGCCUCGCUAGGUGCUCCUGAGCGCCAUCGCGAUGCAAGCGUAGCAGCUGGUUUACUUGCAACAUGCGCAGUAGUCUUUGCCCUUAUGUUCGGACCAAAAGGUCGACGUUUAGCGGCCCUGGGACGAGAAGGUCGAUGGGACGCAGAUCGCGAGGAAGGGCUAAGUUCCCUUGGAGCCGGUGGAUCUGGGUACUCUCCUUCGUUCUUUCAUUUCAAACCAGUCAAGUAUGGAAUGGUAUCAGCGACAGCUGCAACUUCCGUUCCUCCACCAGCACUCGAUCGCAAGGAACAGCCUGCUCAGCCAGCCGAUCCGUAUGGGGCCAUGUUCUCAAAUUCGCAGCACCCGCACUCACGCGUUUUGUAUUCUCCGCCGCACUAUUCUUUGCACCACCUAAUGCACUAUAACUACAACUAUCCACCUUUUCCUUAUAUGCUGCCACCAGGCGUGAUGGUGCGUCCGGAGGAGGGCAACGUGUACACGAGCGUAGAACCCACCUUCAGCAGCAACCCCAACGUAUACUUCCAACGCACCGAGCCGUUGCACGUCGGCAUGAUGUACUGAGCGCUGACAAACCAAAGUUCUAUAUUGAACAAUGGAAUUUGGCAGUAUUCUCUGUAAUAUACUUUUUCUCUCCAUAACGAAGCGUCAGUUUGUAAAAACAUGCUUUUUACUACAGUCAAAGAAACGAAAAGUUGUGUUGUGUUGAAUAUAACUAUUGUUAGUAGGUAACCUACCAGUCUAACUACUUGGAAAGUACAGGAAAAAAUAUUCUUGAGUAAAACUAAAUAUGAAUUUUUCGUCAAUUGUGAGAAUUACUUAUAUAAUCAUCAGUCUCUUAAACUACCAAUAUUCUGAACAUCUCCGAUCUAAAUUGGCUAAAACUAUCAACUUAAUGAUAGUUAAGUAGGUACACCUAGUAUUAGUGCGCUGGCCGCUAACAAAACUAGAACGAUACGUUUAUAUGUUUAUUAGUAUCUAUCUAAAGGGUUGUGUAAUAUCAAUACAUGAACAGAUGAAAAACAUUGCUGAUUGUACUGUUACGAAAUUUAGUAAUUUGGGCGCUUAAAAAUGAGAAAUGACAUGACGAACAAGGAUGGUGAUAAUAAUGAAGUCGGUGUGGUUUAUCAGUUUCUUCAUAAAUAUUAGAUUCGAUUAUGUCUUAAUGUCAAUAAUGUACAAAGUUAUUAGACUUAUUUCGUCCUUUGACUUUUAAAAACGAAAUUAAAUAUAGUCUUCAAUUGGUAUCAUAAAUAUGAUGAAUAAAUACUCACACUUUCUAGUCAGUUUCCUUAAAUGAAAACAACUACGGCAUAUCAGCAUACGAAUGAAAAAUUAUGUAUAUCAUUUUUCAUAUAUUUUAUCAAA